AUGGGAAGAUCAUACGCCGGAAGGACCGGCAGACAGCGGCACAUCUGGGGACUAGGUGUCUCCGAAGGCUUCACCGGAUCCGAUUGUGAUAGACGUAAAGCACACGGCCACCACCAUACAACAGCUCAUGCUUUCACACCGGCUACUCCGCACUCUCAGAAGACUCUAGUUCACGACAAAAAGUCAUUGUCCGAGCCGAGAGCGUACCCUCGUGUUACCGAUCCCCAAGGGCCACCGCCAACUAGCUUAUUCCCAGGAACACGGUGCCGAGAUCCUGCCACACACCGUGGACUACCGUCAUGGGAGCGUCGCCCCCAGUGGGUUACCGAUUAUCAGCAAACAAAAGAGAGCCAGAAUAAACGCCCCAGCGUCGCAGAUCUGCGGCGAGCCUUUGACCCACAGCAGUGCCCCAGACCCGGUGGGCUAUUCAGUGCCUCGCUCCCAAACACACCGAACCGAACAUGGCCUGUCAGCUCCGGGAGACCGGACGGAAUGAGGAAUCAGUCAACCGCGCGGGGCUCGAGGCCACAGCUGCGUGGACAGGCCCAUCGCCGAGGCGGCAUCAAUGUUGCACCUUCUCCAACUCGAAUCCCUGAACCACAGAAUAAAACCCAUGCCCGGCGACGCGCAGAGACACCCACCAUCAGGCAAGCCGAAGGAAAGGGUCUUCGGACAAACCUCAUAAAUGAACUGUCGCGAACUAUGAGUCGGAGGAACGGAGGUCCCAAACAGGACCGCAGUACCGAUCGAACCUUGAUCGAUGCGUCAGGUUCUACUUGGUCGGAUUCAGAGCCAUUGCUGCUGUCAAGGACGGUUUCUGCCGAAGGUCGCACCAUUUGCGACUCAAGCGAUGCUAACACUGAAGGAAUGUCGCCAAACAAAAGAAUUGUCCAAGGUGCUGCGGAGCCCUAUGUGAACUCUGGGGACAUCCUGAAAGUUUCUACAGGGACAACAGGAGAGGAACCAGCGUUAUAUAUCCAACACUGGAGGACGAAGGGGGAUAGAAGAUCAUUGAAGUCCAGUCCAAGCCUGCCGAAGAUUAUCCAUACGACCAUUGCCGCAAGCACCCGGAGCAGCAUACGCCAGAGUUCUUCCCCAGAUACUAGUAGCCUAAUACACCACGGCGUAACGCCGACGGAGUCAACGCGCAUCCAACCGCCCGCACUUUACACAGGCCGGUCGGGAGGUGAUACUGCAGGGGGAACUUCCGAGGCCUUUGGAAGCGAUGUGGCAAAGUCAACAGAAUCAUCUCCAGUGAAAGAAAGAAUACAUUUGUUCGAAAACAUGGGUCGCCCCCUAAACAUCCAGGAGAGCGCUGCGCCAACGUCUCGACGCAAGGCGGGAGAACCACCCAAAAUCAUUGCCGAAGGAUUGCACGUGGAGAAGCGGCAAACCAUGGCAACGCAGGCUCGCAUCCCAAACGCUGCGAUCCGUGUCCCUGACCGGUCGCCGAAAGAUCCCAAGCGGGAGUCGAGCUUUUCGUUCAAGGCCACGUUCCGGAAGAUCUCAAAAUCCAACAAGAACUUCGAGAGCAGACUACCCUCCGUAACCAAGACCGUCACUGGCUUCAGGGCAACACCCUCCCUCGAGCUCCUCAACAAGACUGCCAAAAUUGCCCCUCGGCCUAUCCACAAGGCCCACCUGAACGCCAAACCUACCCCCGCCCACAGAAGCAACGGCACGCCAAACGAAGACCACUCGGCGUGGACCAAGCCACCGACCCACGUAAAUAGCAAUACUGGCAUGACCACGGGUAUGUCAUGGGGCCGCCGCGCUGCAGCUGCGGCACUGGACAUCGGGCGCCGCUUCAAGACCCAAACUCAGACACAAACCCGCAAGGCCAGUACCUCGGGGCCGUCGGCCCUGUCAUACACACCGCCAGCGAACACCAUCCCCGGUAGUAUCGUGGGGGGUGACGGUGGGGAAUCCUAUGGCGACGAAACAGUUAUGGGCGUGGCACUAACGGCAGGGGAUGCUGAACCCGAAGUGGGAUGGCACUCACGCUCGGGUAUGGCCAUGGGUGGCAUGGUGCCGUCGGGGUAUGGCUGUGAUCGCGGGGGGUAG